AUGGUCCUUUUCGUGUCGGCGAUCAUCAAUGGCAUCACUUGCCUCGGCGUGAUCUACAUCUACCCGGAUUUCCUGCGUGAUGCCUCUGAGCUCUCUUUUUGCGGUCACUGGCUUUGCUGCAUCUGGCUGUGGGCGAACACGCUCUUGAAUUAUGGUCAGGCGGUAUGUCGGGAUCCUGGAUUCGUUCCCCCGCAACGCCUCGGCAACGUGGGACCUGGAGCCCUGGAAGGCUAUCGGUUUUGCGCGCCUUGUAGUGAUGGCAAGCCCCCCGGCAGCCACCACUGCACAAUCUGCCGAAGGUGUGUUUUCGAUAUGGACCAUCACUGCCCUUUCAUUGGGAACUGUGUGGGACGAGGGAAUCGGCGGAGCUUUGUCGUGUUUCUAUUCUGGUCGACAGUAUCGGUGGCCUAUGUGCUGCUUAUCACACUUUGCCAUUGCUUGGACCACAUGGAUGACGUACUUCAGAACAUCCGGGAAAUUACUGCAAAGCUCCCGCCUUUGUCGAAGCGUACUCUGCCGUAUUAUGUUGUGCGAUUCUUGGAGCACACCUAUGUGGGCAUUCAUUUGCACGCUGCACCCUGGCUUUAG